AUGAACGGAAGAAGGUGCACCAAUAUGCUAAAAUCAUUCCAGCGAACACUAGGCAAAUGUCAAAGAUCUUCAUCAGCCAACCAUUGGCAAUGUUUCAAAAGAAAUUUUGCUAGUAUACGCGCCACCAAAUAUCCUGGGCAUUUUAAUUCGACGUUUCACUUUUGGCCCUGGCUUGCGGCGCCAACGUUACUUGCUGCUUCGUUGUACUACCACGAUCGUCCGUUACAAAAUGACGAUAAGACUGAUACUUUUCCUCCCCAUACUGAAUCGGUACAGGUAGAUUCGAGCGUAUCGGACUUCCCACUGACCAUUAAUGCUUUGAACUUCCCCGUUUCUACCACUUUUAAGUUAUUAGGGUACGGUCAAAGGCACGUCACGUUUUUGAGGUUCAAAGUCUAUGCCUUGGGCCUUUAUCUAGCUGAAAAUGAUGAGAACCUUGUCGCAGACACUCUAAAUGAAACAUAUUUGCAUAAAUAUUUCCUUGAUGUGGAUGACUCCAAGACUCCUAAGGAGAAUCUAGCUAGAUUAUUGAUACGGGAUGACUCAAAAUCGGUCAUGAUGAUUGACGAUUUACUGGAUUCCGGAAUGAGAAUGCUGGCAAAGAUAACUCCCGUAAGAAAUACAGAUUUUAAGCAUCUCAAGGAGGGCCUGGUUAAAACUAUUUCGAAACACCCUGAUGUGGCCAACAAUAAAGACACACUGGCGAAAGGACUGAGUGAGUUGAAUGACGCCUUUUCGCGUAAGGGAUCUGUCAGAAAAAAUGACGAUUUGAUCAUUGAAUUGUUAGCUAACGGAGCUUUGCAAUUUUCGUAUCAUGACAGUAAAAACAACGAAUUUGAGGUUAUGGGAGUGGUUAAUAACCAACUGGUCGGAAAAUUUUUAUUUAGCCAAUAUUUAUGUGGAGAUAAAUCCCCUUCUCCACAGGCCAAGAAAACGGCUAUUGACAAAUUGAUCACACUCCUAUAA